AUGACGUCGUCUGUUGUUUAUCGGCAAAAGCAUGCCUUAAUUAUUGGUAUCAAUAAUUAUCUACGUAAUCCAUUAGAAUAUUGUAUCAAUGAUGCCGAAGAUCUAGAAAAAAUUCUUCAGCGAAUUGAUUUUCAUGUAUUACUUGGAAUUGAUUGCAAUCUUUAUAAAUUCUACAGUAUAAUAGAUACAUUCACUAAUAGAAUCCAACAAGAUGAUUUGAUUUUAUUCUAUUUUGCUGGUCAUGGUAAACAAAUCAAAGAUGAGGAUUAUUUAUUACCAGUAGAUUAUUAUUAUGAUUAUCGAGAAAAUGAACAGGACUAUAUCAUCAAACAUGCUAUUAACAUCAAAUAUAUAAUAGAAAAAAUCAAUCGUCAAAAAUGUCGUGUGGAAAUAUAUUUAUUUGAUUGCUGCAGACACAUGAUACGUACUCGAUCGAUGAAUUCAAAUCAUAAUCUAUUAUUCAUGAAUGGAUCAUCACAAACUCUUAUUGUAUUUGCUUGUGCUCCGGGUAAUGCAGUGCAAGAUGAAACGCGUAAUAAUAGAAAUGGGAGUUUUAUGGAAAAUCUAUUAAAACAUAUUACAAUACCUAAUAAAGAUAUCGAAGAGAUAAUAAAACAAGUUGCUGAUGAUGUUAACAAACAAACAGAUGGUUUUCAAUUAUUACAUCGAAUAAGCUCUUGAACUCCAAUAAGAUCCGCUUUUAAUAAUCAAGUACUUCCUGAUAGUUCUGUUCUACUUCAACAAACUGAAGAUCUUCCUAACUUCGAAAUAGUUGAUAAAUCAUUUGAUCAGUGUCCAACUUCAGUUAAUCAUUAUAACAAAGUUUCCAAAACACCAAGACCCAAUCCAUCAGUUAAUAUAAGUAUAAUACAAUCUAACGAAAACUGUCCGUCACACAGUUAUACAUCACUAAAAACACGGCAUUUUCAACUCUGUAAGAAUAAAGGACUUGUUUUCAAUAGUAGUACAUCUUCAAGUUCAGAAAAUGCCGAAGAAAGUGAUAAUGAUAAUGACAUACUACCCAAGUCUAGAAAAUUUUUUUUAAAAAGUGAGCGUAAUCAAAAGUUGGCUCCUAGUAUCACACGAUCAGUACAGUCUGGCUUUCAAAAUAACUCAGAUGUGAUUUCCGAAGAAAAACCGAUGGUAUCUUCUCUACUUACAUCUGUUAACACAAUUCAUGAUGACAAUCAUGCAUCAGCAAGUUCAAUUGACACAAAAUCAUUAAAUGUUCGUAUGCGCACUUUAUUUCGAAAACUUUCUAUCAAAAUUCCUAUUGAAACUACUGUGAAAGAUUUAAUCACUAUUAUUUGGCGAGAAAUUCAAUUUAAUAUAGAACAUUACACAAAAGAUUCUCACAUUCUUCUUCUUUUCAAUCAUCGACUUCAUAUAUUUAUCGAAAGUGAUCCCACAACGUUAGUAAAGGAUUUUAUUCUACUCACACCGCCUUCAUCUCCAUCGUCAAAUGAUUCGACAGACUUUUAUAUUUAUGGUUUAUCACUGAAACAAGCUGUGUCUAUGUACAAUUUUGAUAAUGAUUAUAUUUCACUUUUUUGCAAUUCAGAUUCAUGGUGUCCAUCUUAUUUUAUCGAGUACAAACAGUCGAAACGAUCUCAAAGUAUCUUUCUCAGUAGUCUAUAUGCAUUGCGAAUGUAUUUUAGACCAGAACAUCGAGAAUUAAUGGCCAAACAACUAACUAUGGAAGCACAAUUUUUUCUUGAACUAAGAAAAUAUUUAUUUCCACCAGCCAUUCUUGCUUUGAAACAUGCAAUCAUUGGUUCAAUGUUUUGGUUUGAAAAAUCAUUACUUAUGGACGGAUCGAUACUAUUACUUAUCUAUUUACGUGAUCCAAACACCGGUUUUAUCGAAGAAAUUUUUGAUUUUAUACCUUUAUUAAUUUGUUGGCUUCUCGAAAAAUGUGACCUAUCUGCAGAAAAAGUAGACUAUUUUCGAGAAGUAAGACUGAUCAAUGAUCAAAAAUGCCAACCAUCUUAUUUUCAAAAUCCUAUUACAACAUCAAAAAUCAAACGUCAAACAUUGCUAUUAGAAGAAUUCAACGUGAUAAACGAUUAUGAUCUUCUACAAUAUCAUGUUGACAUCCGAUCGUUGACAUCAUAUCUUUCAAAACUAAGCAAAAUUUCCUCUAAAAUUCCAUAUAGAUGCGAUGAUUAUGUCAUAUAUGAUCCAAUAAUUCAAGAUCUGUCUAUUUUGAACUCGCUUAAAUAUUGGACAGAUAUUCAAAUAAAAGAGUUAUAUAAGACUAUAGCACGGACACAAGAAUAUCGUUCAUUCAAUAUAAUAACGCGUGGUGGCGUGACUGCUGACGUCAAAAAUCAGCUUGUUCUUUUACACGAAGAUCAUACAGUAGCAUUAAUUUUUUCACCAAAAAAUGUUAUAUAUUCGGAUAGAAGAACAUCACGAGAUGUUAAUCAUUUCUUCCAAAUAUUUGAUCCUUUCAAAUGUACAAUGGACAAUCAAUCUCUUCUAGUAGGAUCUGACACAUUCCUCGAUGAUAAAGCAGCAUUAGAAGAUCCUCGUUUACCUCUUUAUCUCCAUAACGCUCUGAAUAUUACUAGAGUCAAUGUCGAUUCUUCAUUAAAUAAUAAUAAUUCUGUUCCAGCAACUCAAGUAAGUGUAAUUCUUCUUGAUCGUAGUCGAUCGAUGUCCGAUUAUCGUAUUGAAUCGUCUGAUAAGAAUAAAAAUUGUACUCAUAUGGAUAUCUGUCGAAUGAUGUUAGGUAGACUGAGUGAUAAUAUACUUUCAACAAAUGAAGUUCAUGCAUUUGGUCUUAUUGAAUUCGCAACAAAAUAUAAAACAGUCUGUCCAAUUACUCGAAGUCGUGAACAAUUUGAAAAAGCACUUAGUUUUGAUGAUUGUCGUGGAGAUUGGACAUGUAUGUACGAUGCUAUUCGUGAAGCAAUAAAACAAAUAAAAACAUUUACUGACAGUCCAUUGCGAGCAAGCAAAGAUUGUAAAAAACUGAUUAUAUGUCUUUCUGAUGGUAUCAAUAAUUCUGGUGACACAAAAAUUCAAACUUUAUAUGAUUUAAUAAAAACAAAUAAUAUCGUAAUAGAUUUUAUUUCAUUUGUAUGCGAUGAACAAUUGAUAAAGAAGAAUGAAACCACCAAAGCUCAAGAGUUUCGUAAACUAUGUACUGUAUCUGGUGGAUAUAUCUAUCGAAAUCUUAAUCAUUUAUCGGAUAUUGAACUUGCCGCUCUCUUUGAACAAGAAGCUGCUGUAUGGCUUUCGAAACGAUCAAGAACAUCAUACGGCAUCAUUGACAAACCAGUACGUUAUAUUCCUUCAGCUUUUCAAGAAAAAGCGAAUCGACAACUACCAUCAGAUAACGUCAUACAAAAUUCAUCACGUUCACGUCGUAUAUUAAACGAAUUACAUGCAAUGUUAAAGUAUCCAUCAGAAGAUAUUAUUGUUUUUGCUGUUCCUAAAAAUAUUGCCUUUUGGAAAGUGAUCUUGAAAGGACCUGAAGAAACUUCUUAUCAAGGAAAAUUUUGGGUGCUAUAUGUUGAAUUUGAUUCACAUUAUCCAAACUGCCCGCCAAAUGUUCGUUUUGUUACACCUAUAUAUCAUGUUAAUAUUAGUGGUGAUGGAAAAAUUUGUCAUCAAAUUCUUGGUCGAUGUUGGUCUAUGCAAACGAAGAUGAGUGUCAUUUUCGAAAAUAUUCUUGAUCUUCUUAAGAAGCCAAACUUUGAUGAUGCCAUAUCGUGUGAAAAAGCUCAUUUGUAUAAGGAAAGUCCGAAUGAUUACAAAAGAGAGGCAAAAGAUCAUUCAAAUAAGUAUGCAAAAAAUUACUUUAAAACGUUGAAAAAUGAAUAUCGUCUGGAAGAUGAUGAUAAUCAAAUAGACGAAUCACCAUAA